AGUUGCUGACAAUGAUUUAGAAAUUGGGAUGUCUGAUUCUGCAGAAUCAUACAUUCUAUAUAAUUAGGUCUUUGUAGGUUCAAUUGGGCCCAAGUAAAUGGGCUACACCCUAAACCCGUGUUAAACCUCAAAAUAUUUCCCAAAAAUUUGAACAGACUGAAAUUAGGGUUUUAUUAAAACUUUUUUCAGAAUUCCAAUUGAAAUCCCAUCUCUGCAACCUCUAGUUCUAAAUCAAGAUUCAGAAAUGGCGAUGCCACAGUUGUUUGGGCGUACGAAGAACGUGGCAAAGAGGUCAAAGAAGUACUUAGAAGAAGCACUUUACUUUAGGCUGUUCAAAGAAGGUAGCUCCGAAGUGAAAGUUAGAGAACAACUGAAUCAGUUUCUAAAGAGCUCAAAGCGUGUUUACAAAUGGGAAGUUGGCGACACUCUCAAGAAGCUACGCAGUCGCGGUCUUUAUUACCCUGCUCUCAAGCUUUCAGAAGCCAUGUCUAAGAGGGGAAUGAAUAAGACAGUUAGUGAUCAAGCUAUUCAUCUUGAUCUAGUUGCUAAAACUAGAGGCAUUCCUGCUGCAGAAAUUUUUUUUAUAGAUCUUCCCGAGACAUCUAAGAACCAUUUAACAUAUGGGGCCCUUCUCAACUGUUAUUGCAAUCAACUAAUGACUGAAGAAGCUGAAGCACUCAUGGAGAAGAUGAAGGAGCUCAAUCUUGGUUUAAGCUCCAUGUCUUACAAUAGCCUGAUGACCCUUUACACAAAAAUUGGUCAACCUGAAAGGAUCCCAGGAAUCAUACAAGAAAUGAAGUCCGACAGUAUCAUGCCAGAUUCUUAUACAUACAAUGUCUGGAUGAGGGCUCUAGCAGCGGUCAAUGAUAUUUCUGGCGCUGAAAGAGUAAUUGAGGAGAUGAAGAGGGAUGGUCGAGUUGCUGCAGAUUGGACAACAUAUAGCAACUUAGCCUCUAUUUAUGUUGAUGCGCAAUUGUUUGAGAAGGCAGAAAAGACACUGAAAGAACUGGAGAAAAGAAAUGUGCAUCGAGAUCAUUCUGCUUUUCAAUUCCUAAUUACUUUAUACGGUCGAAUAGGGAACUUGCAUGAGCUCUAUCGCAUAUGGCGUUCUUUGAGACUGGCGUUUCCUAAAACUUCAAAUAUAAGCUAUCUGAAUAUGAUCCAAGUGCUGGUUAAUUUGAAAGAUUUGCCCGGCGCAGAGAAAUGUUUCAGGGAAUGGGAAUCAAAUUGCUCAGGUUAUGAUAUCAGGGUUGCUAAUGUUCUCAUUAAAGCUUAUGCCAAAAAGGGUUUGCUAGAAAAGGCAGAAGAGCUCAAGGAGAGGGCCAUCGGGAGAGGGGCCAAGCCUAAUGCUAAAACCUGGGAAAUAUUUUCGGAUUAUUAUUUUGAAAAUGGAGAUAUCAAGUUGUCUGUUGAAUGUUUAGCCAAUGCAAUAUCUAAAGGUAGAGGGGAUGGUCAGAAGUGGAUCCCAUCACCUGAGGUGGUGGCAUCUUUCAUGGCACAUUUUGAGCAACAAAAGGAUGUUGAUGGAGCAGAAGGUUUCAUUGAGAUUUUGAAGAAGGCUACAGAUGAUGUAGAGGCAAAUGUGUUUGAGUCAUUGAUAAGAACUUAUGCAGCUGCUGGAAGGACAAGCCAAGUGCUGCGUCGUCGUUUGAAGAUGGAGAAUGUAGAGGUAAGCGAGGCAGGUCAGAAGUUGCUUGAAAUGAUCUGUGUGGAGUGAGUUUUUAAUCACUCUUUCAUUUUUGUUGCUACAAUAUCAUUUCCCAUGGAAGUUAUUUUUGCAUGGUUUUAACUUGCAAUUUUGUUUCAAUAACAAAACAUGCCCAUACCCCUGGUUUGUUACGGUGAACUUGACAUACAAUAAUAGUAUUAUCACUGAAACUUAACUAAUACAUGUAUCAAUUUUUACUC